CCGUGCCCCGAAGUCGUCUGCGGUCCUGCUAACCUGUACCUCUCCAGACGUCUCCUGUUCGAGGGUUGACCAUGCUUCCGCAUUCUGCCCUGCUCGCUCUGUGUACUGUCUUGGGAUCGGCCAUCUUGGGGGUUUCUGGGCUUGGGUCUCUAUGUACCGCAUCUCUUGGUGCAGGGAACGCGUCAGCUAGCGAUCCGUACUGGCUGCAAGACAUCACUCACCAAGGGUAUGCGCCAUAUGCUUCUGACCCCUCCACGUACGCGGUCUUCCGCAAUGUGAAGGAUUACGGAGCCGCGGGUGACGGUGUCACGGAUGAUACUGACGCCAUCAACGACGCCAUCUCCUCUGGUUCGCGCUGUGGAGACGGGUGUGGCUCGUCUACAACCACGCCUGCCGUUGUCUUCUUCCCUCAAGGGACAUACCUCAUUUCGGCGCCUCUCAUCGCGUACUACUAUACCGUGCUCGUUGGCGAUGCGAAGGUCCCACCCACCCUUUUGGCAAGUUCCAGUUUCUCUGGACUAGCCCUCGUCGAUGCAGACCCGUACAUUCCGAACGGCUACGGCGCGCAAUGGUACACGAACCAGGACAAUUUCUACCGCUCGGUCCGGAACUUUGUGUUUGACCUCACACAAACGUCGGCCACUUCGGGAGUAUACGGUAUCCACUGGCAGGUCUCACAGUCCACAUCACUCCUCAACCUGGUGUUCGAGAUGAGCACGGCCUCGGAUACCACUCAGGUAGGUCUGUACAUGGAGAAUGGAAGCGGCGGUUUCAUGGGAGACAUGGUGUUCAACGGAGGGAAGUACGGCCUGGAGGUUGGGAAUCAGCAGUUCACCGUCCGGAACGUGACGAUUAACAAUGCCAAUACUGGUCGGUGGUUGUUCGUGGGCUUCGCAUUGACAACCGGCACGACAUCCGGGAGUUCUCAAGGUGUCGGUUCCGAAAAUAUCAUCGACGCGGCCAUCACAGACGUCACGUAUUUCAUCCAACCCUCUUCUGUAUCAAGUUCUCUUGACGGGUCCAUCGUCCUUAAUAAUAUUGCACUCACCAACGUGGGCUACGCUGUCGCGUCCUCCAGCAGCGACGUUGUGCUUGCUGGUGGGACGUACACUAUCAAUAGCUGGGCACAAGGCAACGUGUAUUCUGGUUCAGACGGGACCGGUACCUUCACCCAAGGUGAUAUUACUGCAAUCUCGAAGCCUUCCGAAUUGCUAGCCAGCACGGGAUGGAUCUUCGGGAAGGGCCACCCGCAAUACAUCGACUAUUCGCCGAGCCAGUUCAUAAGUGUUAGAUCCCAAGGCGCGACGGGUGAUGGGUCCACGGAUGAUACAGCCGCAAUCCAGGACGUCUUCAACAAUUACGCCGGAUGCUACAUUAUCUACUUCGAUGCAGGCAUUUACAUGGUGUCCUCAACGAUCACGAUUCCUGCGGGAACGAUUGUCGUCGGCGAGGCAUGGUCCACGAUCAUGGGUUAUGGCAGCUACUUCCAGAACUACAACGCUCCUCAGGUCGUUGUGCGCGUCGGCGAGAAUUCGGGCGACGAAGGCGUCGCGGAGAUCACGGACAUGAUCUUCUCGACACAGGGACCCGCUGCCGGAGCGAUAGUUGUCGAAUGGAAUGUGCAUGAUCCUGCCGGCGAACAGGGUGCAGCCGGGGAUGGCACGGACUUGCAGGAUUCGCAAUGCCCGGCUUCGACGACGACUAGUGGCAAUAGCGACUGCUUCGCAGCAUUCCUCGGAAUCUACAUCACUUCUGGAGCUAGCGCAUAUCUCGAAGGGCUAUGGGUAUGGCUCGCGGAUCAUGACUUGGACGCAUCAGAUAGCCCGCAGCUGACUCUCUGGAGCGCUCGCGGUAUAUUAUCUGAGUCACAGGGGCCGGUAUGGAUGAUUGGAACUUGUGAACACCACAUCAUGUACCAGUAUGGGUUGAUGGGUGCCACCAAUCAUUACCUGGGCUUUAUCCAGACAGAGACACCGUACUUCCAACCGAAUCCCGGUCCGACUGCUCCAUUCAUUCCGAGUAGCACGUACGGAGAUCCCUCCUCCUGGCCAGCGAACGCCGCAUGGGCCCUGUACGUUGAUUCAACCUCGUCGAACAUUCUGGUAUAUGGUGCCGGGCACUACAGCUUCUUCCAGGACUACGCUGAGACCUGUGAUGACGACUAUAAUUGUCAGUCACAGAUCGUGGAAAUCGAAAAUGGCGCGACCGACAUCGCCAUUUACGGGUUGAACACGGUAUACACUACGUACCAGUUGAGCGUCAACAAUGAAGGCAUCAUCAACUACCAGGACAACUUGAACGGUCUCGCGGAGACCGUAACGGCGUGGACUUUGUAGAUUGCCAAGGAGCUGAUAGGUCAUCAGACACCGUGGUGUUGCAGAAGGCGGAUCAAUAGCAUCUUCGUUACGACCAUUCAUGACCACCCAUGACAGAUCCCUGUUUCAUUGUUUAUACGUCUGAGCCGCCGCAUCCACAUCAGGCGGCUCGGAGUUUCUGACCUUGUUUGGAUACCCGAGCGCAUAUAGCUGCCUUCCCAUCCCCUUAGUCUGAACCUUCCUUGCGCACACGAUGCAUAGUAAUCCAAUCUUGCAGGCCGCGUUUACUUGUAAAGCGCUAUGUGUCGAAUGAUGGAGUAGAGCAUCUUGUUGCAGUAUACCAGAAUCACCAUAUCGAUGUAACAGAUCGUUUGCCGCUAUGCGAUGCGAUCGAACGUGCGCCCCCGCAGGCCG